UGAUCAACCUGCACGAUGAACUUCUACUCUAGGUUCCAGGUGCGAGGGCACCGAACUCCGCGGGAGGCCUCCCACGAGACCGCCGUCAACAUCCUCCACGAGCACCUCGGUCUCCUCCCUGACCGGAACGUGGCUUCUGUAGACACCCUCAAACCCACGCUCAUGCAGCUGGCUUUCUUCUACCUAUGGAUCGCCGCAACGGUCACGUUGCUCAUCAGAAUAAUCCACCAAAGCAUAGCAAAGCUCUUGAACAACGCCGCAAAUACCACAGAUGUAGCUACUGCAGAGGAAAACCCUUUACCAAACAUCAACGUGGAACUAAGUGCAUCAAAUGAUACAUCUAAUAGUGUAGAGGGAAACCAAGCAAGCGGUGGUGUUCCUAGCAGUAAACCAUUCACGGCAAUCAAAGAUGUUGGUGAAGGCAAUCAAGAAGAUGCAGAAGAAGACAUCGCAUCAGAUGCAGAGCAAGAGAGAAACUUCUCCAAGUUAAAACCUCCUCCAAGUUUUGACAAUCUUAUGAAGUAUCUGGUGGUGUUUGGAGGGAUCUUGCUGUACUUUUACCUGUGUGAUUAUGACCACAUCUUCCCCAGACAGGAACGGACGUACUCCAGGGACCUGUUCUUGUUCCUGUGCGUUCUUCUGGUUAUUGUAGCUGGAGCAUUCACACUUAAACCAUGCCCGGACAGCAUACUAGGCCGGGAUCAGACAGAGGAGUGGAAGGGUUGGAUGCAGGUUAUGUUUGUUUGGUACCACUACUACGCAGCCAAGGAGACCUACAACUACAUCAGGGUCUUCAUCGCCAGCUAUGUGUGGAUGACAGGAUUCGGAAAUUUCUCCUUCUUCUGGGUGAGGAAGGACUAUUCCCUCUGGAGGCUACUGAAGAUGCUGUUCCGCCUCAACUUCCUGGUGGUGUGUGUCUGUGUGGUCACCAACAAUGAGUACAUGCUGUAUUACAUCUGCGCCAUGCACACGUACUGGUUCCUGUCUGUCUACGCCUUCAUGCGGAUUCUGUCCUCCUGGAACGAGCACCGCUGGAGGAUGGCGGCCAAGUUCCUGGUGUACUUCGUCUGUAACACCGUCAUCUUUGACGUUCCGCACGUCGGGGAAACGCUGUUCACUCCGUUCAAGUUCCUACUGGGGUACAAAGGAGGCAUGCACGAGUGGAUGUUCCGAGCUGGACUCGACCACCACGCAACUCUCCUGGGGAUGCUCUGCGCGUACAACUACCCAAACUACGAGAAACUACUCAACUACCUGGAGAAGAAGUGUGAUGCCCCUUACAAGAGGAUUCUCGCUGUGGGAGCCAAGGUUGUGCUCAGUGCUGCGUUCGCUGCUGCUCUGUAUUUGUGGCAAACGCAAAUCAUGUAUAAAGAAAAGUUUGAGUACAACGCCAUCCAUCCAUACACAUCGUGGAUCCCGAUUCUAUCUUACAUCUUCUUCAGGAACCUUUUUCCACUGAUGAGGUCCUAUCACCUGGACUUGUUCGCCUGGCUUGGAAAAAUCACACUGGAAACCUACAUCUCUCAACUCCAUGUCUACAUGCAAGACAACGCCAGGCAGCUCAUUGUUUACAUUCCUGGUUACCCACUUGUGAAUUUCCUCAUCGCUACAAUGAUAUACGUAACAAUAUCUUACUUCUUAUUCCACUUGACAACAGAAUUCAGUGCAUAUCUUCUCCCCAAAGACUUGAAAGUCUUACUGAAGAAAGUAUGCGUGUUAAGUAUACUGAUAUGCUUGGCUGUGCUUCUAGCAUUUGCUACCAAACGAGCAGGGUUCCUCUGAGAGUAGAAAAACAAAUUGGAUGCUAGAUUGGCUUCGUAAGAGAGAGUAAUACUAUAUUUGAUACACUGAUAUCACAUUGAAAAUGAGCCUGUAAUGAUUUUCUAAAAUAGUUGAUUGAAGAA